CUGAACAUGGCGCUAUCCUAUGCAAUGGUGAUCGCUAUUUUGGACAGUGUGACUGGGGAAAGAUUGUCUGGAAGCCUACUUCCGAAAGUGUUUGUUGCCGGAACGGAGAGAUGAACUUCUGCGACGAUAACCAGUCGACUGCUCCAUCUUUGACACCGUCCUCGCCUUCCGUUAAUUCAUGCUACAAUGGGGGAGGUCCAACCGCCACGAUCAGCGCCGGGGUGGUCCAUGAUACAACCACGUUAUUGCCUGCAGCAACUGCCACAGUCAACAAAUACCUGGGAAUACCCUUCGCUCAAAGUCCGCCUCAGAGAUUCGCCCCUCCAGCACCGGUGCAAGCAGCAGGACAGACGAUCAAUGCAACGGCAUUCAAGCCAGCAUGUAUUCAGCAAUUUGCAUACCCUGAGCUGGUGGCGCAAUUCACGAAGCUCAUCUUCAACAACCCCGCUCCAGAAGAGUCAGAGGACUGCCUCUAUCUGAACGUCUAUGCACCGAGCACACCAGCGCCUUGCGAUGGUCGGCCAGUGCUUGUCUGGAUCUACGGAGGAUCGCUACAGUUUGGUAAUGCGGGCCAAGAGUUCUACGAUGGCAGCUCAUUUGCUGCAUACGAGGAUGUUAUUGUUGUCACUUUCAAUUACCGCACCAAUGUCUUUGGCUUUGCAAGCUCUCCUGAACUCCCCAUCACUGAGCGAAACCUCGGUUUCCUAGACCAGAGAGCUGCUCUAGAUUGGGUUCAGCGCGAGAUUCACAACUUUGGAGGCUCGCCUGAUAAAGUGACGAUCUUUGGCGAAUCUGCCGGGUCACGAUCUGUGGAUGCCCUUUUGACAUCGUAUAACAAGGAAGAUAAGGUGCCCUUCAGAGGCGCCAUACUCCAGAGUGGGCAGUCGACAUACAGAGCCCAACCGCAAACGAGCACAUACCAGCAGUGGGACCAGCUGGCAGCAGCACUCAACUGCUCAACCACGCACAGCAGCAAUUUGACAUGCAUCCGUGCAGCGAAUGCUACGACAAUCAAGACAGUCAUCGAACAACAAAUUCUGAGGUUCAAUCCGACGUUGGAUAACACAACCUUGUACGCCAAUGCCGCGCAGAGACGUGCAGAUGGACUCAUCCCCAAGAUUCCCGUCAUGGGAGGCACGAACUCGCAAGAAGGCCGCGUUUUCAACAUUGCUCAAACAUCCCCGACAGCAUUUCUCAACCAGAUCACCGGUAACACCAGCUCUCUGAUCAACACAAUCACUGCUGCAUAUCCUCUCGACGCUCUCGAUUCCGGUCCCACUGGAUACGACCAACUGUCACAGAUCUACACCGAAUACGUCUUCCAAUGCACCGCAGGCUCGUGGGCCAACGCCUCGGCUGCCGCAGGCAUUCCUACCUGGCAAUACUGCUUCAAUGCUUCGUUCUCGAAUACCCAGCCGGUUCCAGGUUUCCAAGCCCUUGGCGCUUUUCACUCGAGUGAAAUCCCAUUGGUCUUCGGUACAUAUCCGCAAAUCAACACGACUGUACAACAGUAUGCACUAUCGAAAACGAUGCAAAGUGCUUGGGCACGUUUUGCGAAGAAUCCUGCUGGAGGACCGGGAUGGAAUGCGGUCGGGACUGGUUCUCCUGCGCAAGUAUUGGGUGCAGCGAGAGGUGUUGGAGCGGAGGGAGCUAUCAAUGUGGAUGGUGGAUUGAUGCUUGGAACCAAUCAGACUUCCAAGGGCAAUUUGAAUAUGGCGGUGUUUGGAAAUAGAGGUGAUGUUUUGAGCUCUGGAGUCACUGUCAUUGAUUCAGAAGAGGUCAAUUAUCGCUGUGGACUUUUUGCGCCUUUCUACAGCAGGAUUGCGGCUUUGGAUCAGGCUACGGCGGCUGCGGUUGAUGAAGACGCACAAUAGUAUGAGGGCAACGAGCCCUUCACGAGCAUUGCUCAUUCUGCUGCAAAAUUGUUCUCAUCAUGAAUUGUCGAAGCACGAGGUUUCCUGAAGACAACACGUGUACGCACAACAAAGA